AUGACGGCUGUUCUCACAGAAGAACCACGUUUGGAAGAGAAAGUUGAUGAUGCUUCUGUUGAAGUCGAUGAGGAAGCUGAGGAGCUUCAAGAAAACGGUGUAGAUUCUUCGAGUAAGAAAAAAAAGAAGAAGAAGAAAAAGAAGAAAGGUGGGCUUCAUUUGUUUAGCCAGUAAAAAAAAAUAUUGCUGAUUAAUCAGUUCCUUGAAGGCUUGUAUGUCGUAACAUUAAGAAUGUGUUCUUCUCUAUGAAUUGCUGUAAAGUUUAAGGUUUUUUCCCUACCUCGUUAAGAACUAGUCUUUCUUGGACUUCAAAUAUGGUAUUUUGUUUGCACAUGAGCUUACAAAAACCGAAAUUAAAAAUGCGUUUAAGCCAAUUCUACAGAUGUCAUGAGCGUAUACGCAAUAUUAAAUUUUCGCUCCCAUCUUACCAUGCACAUAAAGUACCAUACACCUGCUUAAAGACCUAGUAAAUCGCCGAAGAAAAGAUUCAGUUGGUUAGUCAGAACCUUGUUACAAGAAAAUGGAAGACUUUUAAUAUUUGGGAAGAUUUCCACACAGCCGCAUAAGUUCAAAACUUCCUUUUUUGUUAUGUAUAAAAAAAUGAUGUCAAAAUUGUCAAAUACUUGCAAUGAAACCACUUGCCUGUGUCUUGAGGUUAAACUUCAUUUCACCGUGCUCACCAAAAUCUAAGUAUUACAUAUCUACACUCAGCUGAGAGCCUAUUCAAAAUGCAUGACACUGAGAAUUACUAUAUUUUUGUGAUUACAGAUGCAAAAUACUUUACAACUCAAUUUGUAAACAAGGAGAGUUUAUUACUGUCUAUAGUUGAAUUUGGAAUCCAGAUGUUCAGUUUGCAUGUGCUGCAUCCAGCAUACAAUGCCUGUCAUGCAUGCACAAGAUCUUUUCAAGUUCUGACAUCCCCUACAGACUGGUACUGGAGUUUGAUUGACAAGCAAAUGGCAUGAAAUUUACUUCUUUUUGGGAGGGAGGGGUUGAUGUAGAUAAGUUUAUCAAAAUAUCAUAUUACUGGAUUAACAUAUCAAUUAAUGGUACAUUGUGUAAUAACUUAUGAGUAAUAUGUAGGAGGUGGAGAACAAGUCACAGAAGUAUUUAAUGGAGAGGUCAAUGGAGUGAAUGGUAAAGCUGGUGAAGCUGUCACUGAAAUGACAAAUGGUAUCCAAACUAUAGAUGCAGGUAUAUACUGACUAAGUUAACUGAUCAGUUUUAUAUUUCCAGGGGACAGGGUUUCAUUAUUUUAGGUUCCUUCAACUUUUAACAUUAACAGGGUUGUCACUAAGAUUUUGAGUUGUCAGGUAAAUACAACAAAUAGUCAGGGAGUCAAACAGCUAGGGAUUUCUUUUGGGUUUACUUUUCUUCAAGUUUCCUAUGAAAGGGACCUGGGGGCCACGUUUGUAGUAGCCGGGGGAAAUCUGCGCCCCCCGGUUCUUAAUGACAGCUGUGAUAAAAAACCUGACAAUCAUUAACUGGAAUAUAGUAAAGUUCGUGUCUGUUAGAAGAGGUAACAACUCUGAAUUAUUUUUAUCUACCAACUCAAAAGUAGCAGUCAAGGCCUCUUCCCUCAAUAAAGACAGGGAACUUAGAAUACUAUCAUUUAACUGAAAUAUUUUGUGACAGAAAUUUCUUGUCGUAAAUCAAUAAGGAAUUUGCAGUCAUGUCUUUCGUAUAUGUUACUGGUCAAAACUAAAUUCAGUUAAACCCAGGUUGAUUUUCAGUUUUUCAUGUCUCCUUGUCCUAAUUCAUGAAUAAUUAGGAUUAGGAGACAAAGGAACUUGACAGUCAACAGAGGUUAAAAAAUUUUAACCUGAUUUUUAUUUUGACCUGCAAGGCCUAGGCCAAUCUUCGAACUUUUCAUGAGCAAAACCAAACUCUAAUUUGGGUCAACCAAAUAAAGUUAAGAUCAUCUUUUGGGUCAGACAUCGAACUUAAUUAGGACGCAUCAAACCAAUCAACUGAAGCAGGCUAAAAAGCAAUUUUAGCCAGGCAUCAAUAAAGUUUCUGCCGAACAUUAGUUAGUUAGUUCGUUGUGUGUGAAAAUUGACAUUUGCUCCAUAGAUUAUCUGCAGAUGUUCUAUCCGUGUGAAGCAGAUGGAUACAACAUACUCAUUCAGAUGAACUUAGCUGAGUCAGAUGUCGAACUUUUUAUGAAUGUAACUCAUUAUGUUUGGAUUGUCUCAUGAAAAGAUUCAGAUUCUUUGAAAAUUAGUUUUGGUGACCUAGUUGAUCAUCUCAAUAGCUGUCACCCAUCCUUCUCAAAUCUGAUAUCUUCAAUACAUGUAGGUGUUAAACACGAAUCAAUAAAAUAGUUUUUGGAAUAAUUCUAGCCUGAUAACUUUAACACUAUUAAUGGUUUUGAUUUGUUAUGGCUUUUAUCAGAUUGCCCAGAUGCACAAGAAGGAGAAAAUGAUUCUGGAACUACGGGUAAAAAGAAGAAAAAAAAGAAGAAAAAGCCAGCAGGAGCCAAAAUUGAAGAGGCUCAAGGUAAGCCUGUCAGUGGUUAGGGUGCUGUUAAAAACUUAUGAUAGUAACCUGUACAUUACGAUCAUGAGGUCCUCAACUGUACAUAAAUAUAAUAUGUGAAUUAACCUUAAAUAAUAUUAUCUUGAUUGAAAAAUCAAUUCAUUUGGAAAGCUGUUAUUAACUAAUCAUCUGCAUUGUUUUUCCUUCAGUCUAUAAAUUUUCUAAGGGGUUGUUGUCGUGUUCAUAUUUGCAGACUGUUUUAAGUCGACAGGCAGACAACAAACCAAUCCACCCACUGUGCCGAUAUCAGAACUCUUUCCAAAUGGUGACUUCCCUAAGGGACAGAUCAUGAGCUAUAAAGAUGAGUAAGUAUUAUGGUGUUCAGAUUGCUCACAUGUUAUUUUGAUGUGUUCUAAUGAAAGGACUUUGUGUACAUGUAUGGGGUGUUAAUUAGGUUUCCAAGUUGUAACAGUAUUGUCUUGUUUUGUCUAGUACACAAUGUACUACAUUGAGAGAGAGAUCAUGAGGAAAUACGUAACUGUUUAAACUAUCACUUUAGCGAGACAAUGAGCUGGUUAUUUAUUUAGUUAUGAGUAUAUUUAUGUGACAUUUUGAUCUCAUUAAGUAAAUGGACACUAUCUUAACAUACUUCAAUGUCCUUUUAUGAGAAAAAAAAAUGUUCUUAUUGUCUAUCAAAAAAAGCUUGGAACCUCCUUUGGUUUCUCAAAGUGUUGUGUCAGUGUUGCUUAAAACUUUUGGGAAUAUCAAGUGAAUGAUAAUUUUCACUUAUAGUAAUCAAUGUUUGGAUUUUUAUCAGUAAUUUGUGGCGUGAAACCAAUGAAGAGAAGAGAGCCUUGGAUCGACUGCAUGAUGAUAUUUACAGUGAUGUCAGACAGGCUGCUGAAGCCCACAGACAGGUACAAAAUAUAAUGGUGAAUCCUUUUCCAAUGGAUAACAUUAUUGGUCUCCCUAAUAGCGGGGCUCCCGCGCGCGCGAAGCACGCGUGGGACAGAGCCCCAUACCCAUGGAAUAUGGUCAACCUCUUUUCGUUUGGUUGUAACGUGAUUGACCGAGCGUACGUACGCGUCUACAGAUUGUAUGGGUGGGGUAGGGGAGACUAUCAAAAGGAAGGGAGGGGUGUCUCAGGCGUGUCUUGGCAAGCCCACAUCUUUAAUAUAGGACAUUAACAAUAUGGUCAAUUGACAGCUGUCCAAACAGGAUAGCCACUGACCAGUAUCCCAUGACCAUAUCGCGGGCUCAUGUGUCAACUCAUCGAGGUGACGUGAUUUAUUUGGAAGCUGUCCGCUGACCAGUUAACUGUUUUACUAGAUCGCGAACAACGUUCAAUCUCAUACUUUUACUAGUUUGGGAGCACAGGAAAACUGAUAAUGCACACAUAUUGGACAUCAAUGUUUUGAUCAAUUGACAGCUUUCAAAACAGAGUACCCGCUGACCAGUAUCACUUGACCGUAUCGCGGGCUCAGGUGUCGACCCGUCGAGGUCAAGUAUUUUUUGAAGUUAUCCGCUGACAAGUAAACUAGUUUUCAAGUGAUCGCAGGCUCAAGUUCAAUUUUUUUUCUUAAUUCAGAUGAAAUAUGUUGUGUUUAUGUGCUGCACAAUUAAAAUUUUGAUUGCACACUGACCUCGGACGUGAAAAUUCAGCCAGCUGUUACAGGCAGGGAAGACAGUUGCUUUUUUUUUUCUCACAAUGGUCACGCGUUGGUCACGCUCUACAUCCAAUUUUUAUGCUCUGAUUGGUCAAAAUUUGACAUGUGAGUUCAUGCGCAAAAUUAAUGCAGCAUCUUGAAUCUUGUUUACUUUAACAGCUGAAGCUGACAGAGUUUUGUGUCAACUUGUGAUGUUUUUAACUGUCUUUUUCCACUGGAUGUACAAAAUGAAAUUCAGCUGCUAUCAGGAGUUUUCUGUUACUCAUGGCUAGUUUGUUUAUUGGGUUUUUGGUUGAGAAAACGUCGCUUGUCAAAGUCGGAAAUCCGAUUUCGGAUGGCAUCGUUUUCGUUUUCACCUUGCUUGAUGCGUAAGAGGAUUGCAAAGUCUGAAGCGAUACUGGCUUUACCUGAUAACUUUCAGGAGCUGCAUCUCGAAUGGUAAGCCAGAGAAAUUAUUGUAUUUCAUGUUUGUUUUUUGUAUCUAAUUUAAUGAAGUGGAGCGUAGUUUAUGCGGGAAUUUAGUUUAUGCGCGUUUGUAAGUUUUGAGACAACGAUCUCACCGAGUAUCUGGUUUGAUAUAAUCUUACAGAACUUUAAAAAGCCUUUAGACAGUUUCUCACCGCAAAUAUAAAGAAAAUUUUCCAAAGAUCUUUAGUUAUAAUUCUAGCCGGAAAAGAAAGCUUUGAGCGAUUUUCUUGCCUCGAGUUCGUCUUUGAAAAAACAAACACCGGGAAGCUGGCUUAAAACAUAAACUUCAGCAAACUUAAGCUUGAAGCUUGAAGACUCAGGAUAUUUAGGGACACUUUAAUACUUGUCUUCCUGAAUGAAAAUUGUUGUCUCUGUUUAUGUUUCACCGAAUUAUAUUUCUUUUAUUGAUUGUUGGUAGUCUCUCUUGCAAUUUUAAUCGCUAUGCCGAUUGUUUUCAGUCGUUCAGGGUGAACAUCGCUUGCAGGAGUUCUCAAAAUGCCGCGCGUUAAACCAUCAAAUAAAAAAUAAACAUGAUAAAUUCUUUAUUAUCUUGGAGCGUAACUCUGUUAAUGUUCAUUCAAACACUCGCUACAGCUCGCACUACAAAAGUGAGAACCGGAUGGCCGUAUAGGUGAUUUCGGAAAAUUUUUCUAACAGUUUAUGAAUACUGAAUGAGAGCAAUUUGUAUUGUGAAAUACUGCUUUCUGUCCAUGGUAUAAAAGGUUGGUUUACACGCACCCAGAUUUGUUGGCAAGAUUUUGCAAAGUAAACUUGUCGAACGCCAAAACGUUGGCCUGAUUUUUUUUCUAAGCCUAAUUGAUCUACGGUGAUCAAUAGCCAUUACGGCUCUUAAAUGUGAUAAAAGAUGAUUACCAGUUUUUGAGUGUACAUAUGAGGCUAUCAACUCGAUGUAAGAUUUGGUUCACUCUUGGGCUGUUUGCAAAUUAUUUUUCUCUAAAAUCAGGUAGCCUUUCCCUCAAAAGUCACAUAAAUGUGCUCUAAAGUUAACUGAAUUGUGGAAUUCGAAUACAAGUUUAUUGUUUAAUUUAAAUUAUAAAUUUACUAAUGGGAGCCUCGCUUUUAGCCCUGGCUAAAUCUAUAUAUUACUUAUCCGUUGGAUAGUGAUUUGUCUAGCAUAUGGCACUAUUAAACAAUCAAACAACCAGAAUGUGGUAACAUAAUAUGAUGUUGGGGAGAACGUUAUCCACAAUCUGCAUAAUUCCUCACAUCCUACUCAGCUUCAUUCAAUAAUAUUGCUAAUUAUAUGGUUACUAUUUUGUUUUCAGGUCAGAAAGUAUGUGCAUUGUUUUAUCAAGCCUGGAUUAACUAUGAUAGAAAUAUGGUAACAACCUGUUCUAUUAAUGUUGUGCAUGACUUGUUUACUAUUUUGAUGUACUCUAAUUAAUUUAUAAGUGGUAGAGCCAGCCCUUUAACACUAUGAUAUUCUUAACAAGUGUCAAUUAUGUGUAGCUCAUAAUUUCUUGUUUUCUUUUAUCAGUGAAAAACUGGAAGCAGCCUCACGUGCUCUGAUCAAUGAGAACAAACUCAAAGCAGGUACUUGGGUUAAUGUUGUCUCGGAUUUUGGUUCAGCAAAUAAUGGAUUGGUUGCUUCACCAAAAAUUAUUUCUCUUUCAUAAGGAUUUAAUUUGGUACCAGCAACAAAGAAGUGAGGACUUAUUGUUAAACCCAGUGAUGAGCUGCUGGCACAGUAAUUUAAGUAACUAUUAGUCGCCAUAAAAACUGCAUGUAUGUGUUGCUCAGGCUCAUUCUGGUCACUCAAGAAGAAGGGUAAGAUGAUUUGACCUUAGGUUGGCAAUGAUUCACCCAUCACAAGUAUGGGAGAAUGUGAAUGGUCCAUGCAUGUACAAAUUACAGUCAACUCCCUCUAAGAUGGACACCUUUGGGACGGGCAGUAAGUGUCCGUCUUAGAGAGAUGUCCGUCUUAUAGAGAGUCAAAUAAAGGGAGUAAAGAAAGGCAGGGACCAACUCUAGGUGUCUGUUUUAGGGAGGUGUCCAUCUCAUAGAGGUGUCUGUUAAGAGAGAGUCGACUGUAAAUGAUCUAACAUGGACUGUGAUGGAUCUCUGUAGGUUUGGCAUUUCCUACCGGAUGCUCUCUGAACCACUGUGCUGCUCACUACACACCUAAUGCUGGCGACAAGACAGUGCUUCAGUAUGACGAUGUCUGCAAGAUUGACUUUGGAACCCAUAUCAAUGGUAAGGCUGGGCCUCACAUGUAGGACAAGUAAUGUCAACUUCCAUAGACUCCCUUAAAAGGGACACAGGUCUCAUCUCAUUGGAAAAAUUAAAAGCAUGCCUGCUGAUGAUGAUGAUGAUGAUGAUGAUGAUGGAUAAUGCUGAUGUCAAUGAUAAUGGAAAAGAUUAUGAUGAUGAUGAUGGUGAUGAGGAGGAGGACAAUGAUGAUGACAAUGACGAUUGAAGAUGGAUGAUGAUGAUGAUGAUGUUGAUGACAGUGAUGACAACAAUGACAAUGAUGACAAAACUGCACCAUCCAUGGUUUCCCUUACUAACAAUUUUAUUUUCAAUAAACAGUCAGCCUUGAUAACAGUAGGAAAUUCUAUGAUCUUGUAAUGUUCAGGAAUGGUUUACAGUGUAUUGUACCAUUUCACUUUGUUCCAUUAUUUCAAUUGCUUAUACAUCCUCAGAAUCAUAACUUAGACUGUGUUAUUUUAUUUCAGGCCGAAUAAUUGACUCUGCAUUCACAGUAUCAUUUAACCCAAGAUAUGACAACCUUCUUGCAGCAGUGAAAGAUGCAACAAACACUGGAAUCAAGGUAAAAAAAUUGAAAACUCUCUUUUUAGUACAUCCAAGUGAACAGUCAUUACCUGUGUUAUUUUUUAAGUGAGCCGGCUAAUUAAAACAUGGCAGCAAGGAGUAGGUCUUCGUGCCUCUCAAUGUUUCAGAGAGAAAAUGUAGCAAGUGCAAAAAUGAAAAUUAUUGCAUAUUUAUUACUCUAUUUGCAUAUGAUGAUAAUAGGUUUCAUUGUCUUCACUACAACACUGGCCUCCUUUUUGUGAACAAGUUUAAUUAUUGCAUGUUUUUUUCUGUUUUUGUUUAUGACACAAAGGAAGCGGGAAUUGAUGUGAGAUUGUGUGAUGUUGGAGAAGCUAUUCAAGAAGUUAUGGAAUCCUAUGAAGUUGAGCUUGAUGGAAAAACAUACACUGUGAAACCUAUCAGAAACCUGAAUGGACAUUCCAUAGCACCCUACAGAAUUCAUGCUAGUAAAUCUGUGCCAAGUGUCAAAGGAGGACCAGGAACUAAAAUGGAGGUUUGAAAUCUUUACAUGUUUCUUCUGUGACAGACAUAUCACUCAGCCUGUAUAUACUUCUUUACUUCUGCUUCCUGAGUUGAAGAAUGGAUCUUGACAGUCAAACCCGGGAAAACCAUGAACACCAGAAAUAUUUCUGGAAUGUUAUUCUGGUGCGAGAAAAAAGCCAAUCAGGCGUGAGAAAACUAAACUGCAAGCAAGAACAUUAAUUAGUUUGCAUUUCCCGGUACAUCUCACUGUAACAUCACAGGAAAAUUUACCCUGUUUUCAUUAAACUGCCCAUGACACUGACCGACUCUAUCCUUAGGUUUGCUCAUUAAAGUUGAUCUGGAUAAUUUGUUGUUUUGUUUAGUUUAGUUAUUCAAAGUGUGUAAACAAGUUUCUGGUCCUUUUGAAAGAGCUUCAAUUUCAGGAAACCUCUUUCGUGGCUUUCAAAACACCUGACACCCUUUAAAAAAUAUUCUGAACUUCCUAUUCUUCAGGAAGAAGCUCAUCUUUUCAGGCAAGAAAAGAACCUUGACUUAAGUCCUCUUUCAAAGCAAAAACUGGACUCCAUGUUUUAACAUAGUACCUCAAAAAGUUAGAGACGUUACUCAAUACUAAGACCUUGUUUUUAUAUUUAUUUUGAUUUUAAAUAAGGAAAAUGAAUUUUUUGCCAUUGAGACAUUUGGCAGUACUGGUAAAGGUGUGGUUCAUGAUGAUAUGGAAUGUUCACACUACAUGAAGAACUUUGAGGUUGGACAUGUUCCUUUGAGGUAGGUUAAAACUCUGCAGUAAUAUGGAGUGACUGUGUUCACAUGCAAACACGCAAACUUCUUUUAAGAAUCAAUUACAAUGUUGAAGCUGUGUAUGGUUUAGGAAUAGUCAUAUCUCAGAUAACUUGUUAUAUUCUUUCUGUUAGGUUGCCCAGAGCCAAACAACUUCUCAAUGUCAUCAAUGAGAACUUUGGGACUCUUGCAUUUUGUAGACGAUGGUUGGAUCGCUUAGGACAGGUACUACAUUAUUUUAUGUUUAAAAGGGAGCAUUAUUAGCAUCUUGAUGGUAGUGAUGAAAAAGGAAAAAAAAAAUCAUUAGCAUGGGCAACUGUGCCAAGUGUGGGAAAGCAGUGGACAAAUAGAAUGUGCAGACUAAUGCCAUUCAAGUAGAGGAAGAGUUUACCAUGGGUAAUGUGUGAGCUUGUUCAGUGCAUUAGAAAAUACAGAGUUUUAAAAUUUAUUUCUCAAACUCAUUAAUAAUUCAUAAAGAAAAUUCAAAGGAAAUUAAUGUUUAAUGAGUGUUUGGAUAUCGGAUGAAAAACUGCUCAUUUUUGCAUCCUUAAUUUCUCCUUCAAAAAUGAUUUUGUUUGAGAAGAAAUAUCAAACAUUCGACACAGUGUUUCAUCACCAGAUGAAACACCUCGAAGUUUGUCACAAAUACUCCGCUACGCGUCGUAUUUUCAACUCUCUUCUCGGUGUUUCAUCUGGUGAUGAAACACUGUGUCUCAUGUUUGAUAUAUUAUUUCUCACAUGGGUGGCUCCUAGCUCUUAAAAUGUUCUACAAUAGUUUUUAUUUAUUGGUAUAGGAUUUAAUGGAGCCAAAACCAAUUGUGGAAUUACACACAUUUUAGGCAUCCUACUGAUUUCUGAUCGAAAGUUACGACAUUGUAGAUAUUAUUUUAAAUUUAAACCCAAACUAUUAUUUUUAUUUUUACCCUGAUUGAUCAUAGAAUUUCUCACCAAUAAAAAUUUCACAGCAUGUCAAAAAAGGUUUCUCCAUGUACAUCACUAAAAUCAGGUUUUUUUUUUCAAUUGUCACAGACAAAGUACCUUCUAGCCUUAAAGAACUUGUGUGAUGCUGGCAUUGUGGACCCAUGUCCACCGCUGUGUGAUGUCAAAGGCUCUUACACAGCUCAGUUUGAACACACAAUAUUACUGAGACCCACUUGCAAAGAAGUGAUCAGCAGAGGAGAAGACUACUGAAGAGACUCACUGUGCUAGAAGCUAGCUUAUUGUAAUCACCAUCAAAAGUACAAUAUUCUGUUUUUGACUUCUGCAAUACCAUGAUUAAUAUCACAAAUUGCAUUUUACCAGUGAUAGCAGAAGAUACAGUGUCAAAAGGAAGUGCAGCUCAUUUAUAUAUCACCCCUUUGUUGUUUCAUCCAAAAAACUAAAAUAAAAAAAUAAUAAAGGCAAUAAGGACAUAAUACUGUAAACAAACUCUUUGAACAAUUACUCAGCAAACAACUCAGUUAUAGUUUUAAUAACAAACUGUGUGAAAAACUAACAGCUUACAGAAAAAAGCAAUAGUUGUGAGACAACUCUCUUGUCUUUGACUGAGAAUUGGAAAUUCGCUUUUGAUGAGCAUAACGUUGUGAGUGUUCUCUCCACGGACAUGAGCAAAGCCUUCGAUUCACUUUACCAUCCACUUACACUUGCAAAACUUAAAGCUUAUGGUGUUGAGGAAAGAAGUCUGCGAUUGAUGGGCUCCUUCUUCACAGACCGUUAUAACAGGGUCAAGUUAGGAUCUGUAGUGACUGAGUGGCAGAGGGUGACCAAGGGAUGCCCACAGGGUUCUGCAUUUGGACCUCUCAUCUGGAACAUCUUCCAAAAUGAUUUGACUUAUACUGUUGAUGCGAACAUGAAUAUGUAGGCAUGUCUCAUGAAUAUGCUGCCAGUAUAUUUGUUGUGGUUCAAUUUUAUCCUUGGUUUAAAAUUUAUUUUCUUUUGUUUUAAACUCAUUACCCUACAUUACCAUACCCAAAACCAAAAGCAAAUAAAAUUUAAACCAAAGAUGAAAUUGAACCACAACAUAAACAUGACCAACCCGAGCAUAUGUCAUGUAUCACAGUUAGCCAAACUAUUCAGUGCAACUGUCUGAACAAACCUCAAAAGCACAUUCUGGUUCAAUGUGGUCCUUAGCAGCUGAAGAUGAUCUAGAUCCUAAGAAUAAUACAGAAAAACAGGCAACUUUAGAAUAUUUACAGUCAAAGUACUUUUUAAAAUCAUUUUUUAUUCGUUUCAUAUACUUUUUAUUCACAGUAGCAGAUUUCCCUACUCUUUCAAACAAUUCAACUUGUGAAAUCCCUCCCCUUCCACAUAAAAGGUACCCCUUUAGGGCACAGCCUCCCAGCCCCUCCCCGUACAAGUGCAGGGCAUUUUAGGGAGUCCGUGGUGAGGAUUGCAGAUUCCUAGUCGGUACCCACCCCCAUCUCCUCCCCCAGGAACCACCCCAAGCAUGAAAUGUGAGGUUAGUUCUGCAUACGUGCCAACUCUUCCAGGUUAUCCGGGAGUGUCCCGCAUACGACACCAAUCUGCCAGUCUCCCGUACGGGUCACCAUAUCUCCCAGAUAUGGAUCAUCAUUUGAGCUUUUCUGUGCCUUAGUUUGAGAUUUAGCCCAUUUUAAGCUCAAAACUUGAAUUUUUCUUAUUCAUAGUACGGCUUCUGGGGCAUUUUUGCACCUAUAUUUCUGGCAUCAAAACGAUAAUCGCAAAGUUUGAUAGUAUAUAAUUGAUGUAAAGCUUCAUAUAAUGUCCUUAGUCAUGCCCAUAUUUGUUAGGGGUGGGGAGGGGUCGGGGUUCAUUGAAUUUCCGUGGGGUAGCGAAAAAGAGAGAGUCUCCAGAUUUUAGAUCUCCAGAGGUAAUGGCAUCUCUGGUUCUGGUGGAUGGAAACGAUCACUUUAAAUUUUCCAAUGCUUUAUAAACGAACCUGCGGAAAAUGUAUAUGAAUGGGCCGGGCAUCUGCAUCUUCAACGAAAAAGCGAAGAAUAACAAAUCAGUUGCUGACGAGGAAUUUCGUAGAAAAUAGUUGUACAUUUGUAAUUGUAACAUUUCAAGUGUUCAGUAAACGUUUAAACUCGCAAUUCAGGCACUAGAAUGGAAACAUAAAAAUCUUUGAUACUCACCAUGAUGUUCCAAUGAUUCGCAUCAACCGCAGAGCCUGAUCACGUAAAGAAAGAGAAGCCAUUAUCGCAAGCACGUGACAUGUAAUCUUGUAAACUUCUAUGAGCUAAAUUUCACCAGGCGUACAAGUCUCAAGUACGAGUCUGGAUAAGAGCAUAGACUGGGACCGAAAAAAAAUUGUUCGUACCCAGUACUUAUCCGUAUUGUCCGUAUUUACAUGGUUGCACUUUCCAAGAUGGCGGCUGUUAUCACAGAAGAACCACGUUUGGAAGAGAAAGUUGAUGAUGCUUCUGUUGAAGUCGAUGAGGAAGCUGAGGAGCUUCAAGAAAACGGUGUAGAUUCUUCGAGUAAGAAAAAAAAGAAGAAGAAGAAAAAGAAGAAAGGUGGGCUUCAUUUGUUUGGCCAGUAAAAAAUAUUGCCGAUUAAUUAGUUCCUUGAAGGCUUGUAUGUCGUAACAGAUAUUAAGAAUGUUUUCUUCUCUAUGAAUUGCUUUAAAGUUUAAGGUUUUCUUCCCUACCUCGUUAAGAACUAGUCUUUCUUGGACUUAUGUAUUAAGAUUCUACCUGAUGAAUGUACUUCAAAUAUGGUAUUUUGUUUGCACAUGAGCUUACAAAAACCGAAAUUAAAAAUGCGUAAAAUUAUUUAAAGUCAUUUCUACAGAUGUCAUCAGCGUGUACGCAAUAUUAAAUUUUCGCUCCCAUCUUACCAUGCAUAUAAAGUACCAUACACCUGCUUAAAGACCUAGUAAAUCGCCUAAGAAAAGAUUCAGUUGGUUUGUCAGAACCUUUUUACAAGAAAAUGGAAGACUUUUAAUAUUUGGGAAGGUUUCCGCACAGCCGCAUAAGUUUAAAACUUCCUUUUUUGUUAUGUAUAAAAAAAUGAUGUCAAAAUUGUCAGAUACUUGCAAUGAAACCACUUGCUUGCAUCUUGAGGUUGAACUGCAUUUCGCUGUGCUCACCAAAAUCUAAGUAUUACAUAUUUACACUCAGCUGAAAGCCUAUUCAAAAUGCGUGACACUGAGACACUAUAUUUUUGUGAUUACAGAUGCAAAAUACUUUACAACUCAAUUUGUAAACAAGGAGAGUUUAUUAGUGUCUAUAGUUGAAUUUGGAAUCCAGAUGUUCAGUUUGCAUGUGCUGCUUGUUGCGUACAAUGCCUGUCGUGCAUGCACAAGAUCUUUUCACGUUCUGCCAUCCCCUACAGACUGGCACUUGAGUUUGAUUGACAAGCAAAUGGUGCAAAAUUUCCUUUUUGGGGGGGGGAGGGGUUGAUGUAGAUAAGUUUAUCAAAAUAUCAUAUUACUGGAUUACACUAUUAAUUAAUGGUACAUUGUGUAAUAACUUAUGCAUAAUAAUUAUAUAGGAGGUGGAGAACAAAUCACAGAAGUAAUGAAUGGAGAGGUCAAUGGAGUGAAUGGCAAAGCUGAUGAAGCUGUCACUGAAAUGACAAAUGGUAUCCAAACUAUAGAUGCAGGUAUAUACUGACUAAGUUAACUGAUCAGUUUUAUAUUUCCAGGGGACAGGGUUGCAUUAUUUUGAGUUCCUUCAACUUAACAUUAACAGGGUUGUCACUAAGAUUUUAAGCCACCAAGUAAAUACAACAAAUAGUCAGGGAAUCAAACAGCUAGGGAUUUCUUUUGGGUUUACUUUUCUUCUAGUUUCCUAUGAAAGUGACCUGGGGGCCACGAUUGUAGUAGCCAGGGAAAUCCGCAGUGCCCAGCUCUUAAUGACAGCCCUUAUUAAAGACCUAACAAUAAUUAACUGGAAUAUAGUAAAGUUAGUUUCUGUUUGAAGAGUUAACAUCUCUGAAUUAUUUUUGUCUACCAACUCAAAAGAAGACAGGGAACUUAGAAUACUAUCAUUUAACUGAAAUAUUUUGUGACAGAAAUUUCUUAUCGUAAAUCAAUAAAGAAUUUGCAGUCAUGUCUUUCUUAUGUGUUACAGGUCAAAACUAAAUUCAGUUUAAGCUAGCUUGAUUUUCAGUUUUUCAUGUCUCCUUGUCCUAAUUCAUGAACAACUAGGAAUAGGAGACAAAGGAAAUUGACAGUCAACAGAGGUUAAAAACAUUUUAACCUGAAUUUUAUUUUGACCUGCAAGGCCUAGCCAUCGUCAAACUUUUCUCUAAUUUGGGUCAACCUAAAUAAAGUUAAGAUCAUCUUUUAGCCAGGCAUCAAUAAAGUUUCUCCUGAACGAAGCUCAAUAUACAUCAUCAUAUAAAUUUUUAAUUUAUUUGUUUAGUUCAUUGCAUGUGAAGAUUGACGUUUGUUCCAUAGAUUAUCUGCAGAUGUUGUAUCCAUGUGAAGCAGAUGGAUAGAACAUGUUGAUGAUCCAAACUCAUUCAGAUGAACUUAGCUGAGUCAGAUGUCAAACUUUUCAUGAAUGUAACUCAUUAAAGUUUGGAUUGUCUCAUGAAAAGUUCGAUGUUUGGCCAAGGCCUAACAUAUACACGUCACUGUAAGACUGUCACUGAUCGAGCCAUUAUAACAGAAUGAUAAUAAGGAGACAUUAUUACACAGAUUCUUUGAAAAUUAGUUCUGGUGACCUUGAUCAUCUCCUUAGCUGUCACCUAUCCUUCUCAAAUCUGAUAUCUUCAAUAGGUGUUAAACACGAAUCAAUAAAAUAAUUUUUGGACUAAUUCUAACCUGAUAACUUUAACAAUAUUAUUUAUGGUUUUGAUUUGUUGUGGCUUUUAUCAGAUUGCCCAGAUACACAAGAAGGAGAAAAUGAUUCUGGAACUACGGGUAAAAAGAAGAAGAAAAAGAAGAAAAAGCCAGCAGGAGCCAAAACUGAAGAGGCUCAAGGUAAGCCUGUCAGUGGUUAGGGUGCUGUCAAAAACUUUUGAUACAGUUACAUUACGAUCAGGAGGUCCUGAACUGUACAUAAAUAUAAAAUGUGAAUUAACCUUAAAUAAAAUUAUCCUGAUUGAAAAAUCAAUUCAUGUGGAAAGCUGUUAUUAAAUAAUCAUCUGCAUUGCUUUUCCUUCAGUAUUUAAAUUUUUUAAGGGGUUGUUGUCGUGUUCAUAUUUGCAGACUGUUCUAAGUCGACAGGCAGACAACAAACCGAUCCACCCACUGUGCCGAUAUCACAACUCUUUCCAAAUGGUGACUUCCCUGAGGGACAGAUCAUGAGCUAUAAAGAUGAGUAAGUAUUAUGGUGUUCAGAUUGCUCACAUGUUAUUUUGAUGUGUUCUAAUGAAAGGACUUUGCAUGCAUGUAUGGGGUGUUAAUUAGUUUUCCAAGUUGUAACAGUAUUGUCUUGUUUUGUCUUGUACACAAUGUACUACAUUCAGAAAGAGAUCAUGGCGAAAUACGUAACUGUUUAAACUAUCACUAAUCUUUAGCUAGACAAUGAGCUGGUUAUUUAUUUAUGUGACAUUUUGAUCUCAUUAAGUAAAUGGACACUACCUUAACAUACUUCAAUGUUCUUAUUGUCUAUCAAAAAAAGCUUGGAACCUGCUUUGGGUUUCUGAAAGUCUUGUGUCAGUGUUGCUUAAAACUUUUGGAAUAUCCAGUGAGUGAUAAUUUUCACUCAUAGUAAUCAAUGUUUGGAUUUUUAUCAGUAAUUUGUGGCGUGAAACCAAUGAAGAGAAAAGGGCCUUGGAUCGACUGCAUAAUGAUAUUUACAGUGAUGUCAGACAGGCUGCUGAAGCCCACAGACAGGUACAAAAUAUAAUGUUGAACUUUUUAUGUCUUCAUAAUCAUGGUGACUCCAAAUGACAGGAUCCAGUGGAGACACAGACAUUCAAAUAUUUGUCUAUGAGCACACCAUGCCCAGGUUGCUCAAAAGUAGAAUUAGCAAUUAUUAUUGAAUGAGGCUGAGUAGGAUAUGAAGAAUUCUGCAGAUCGAGGAGGGUGUUAUCCACCAAAGCUGAAGGCGGAGGUGGAUAAGUUUCUCGAUGACGUCAUUGAACUGGCGUCAUUGGUUCAAUAUACAUGACAGUUCAGCCGCUGGUUAUGGUGAAUUGUGCAUGUGGUUUUACCCAAUCAGAAACAGGGAAAUAUUUUGAAUGAAUAAUAAUAGCACUUAUCCACCAGGGUCAAGUUGUAUGAAAGGUAGAUAUCACUAUGCACUGUAUAAAUCCUUUUCCAGUGGAUAACAUUGUUGGUCUCCCUAAUUAAUUCUUAUCCACUGGAUAGUGAUAUAUCCAGCAUAUGGCACUAUUAAACAAUCAAACAACCAGAAUGUGGUAACAUAAUAAUUAUGAUGUUGGGGAGAAUGUUAUCCACAAUCUGCAUAAUUCCUCACAUCCUACUCAGCUUCAUUUAAUCAUAUUGCUAAUUAUAUGGUUACUAUUUUGUUUUCAGGUCAGAAAGUAUGUGCAGGGUUUUAUCAAGCCUGGAUUAACUAUGAUAGAAAUAUGGUAAAGUAUUAACCCUUUAAGCCCUGAUAUCCACUUACAAAUUCUCCAUACUGAUCUCUAUACAUUUCCAUAAAGAAUUAGUUGAGAGAAUUUGAAAAAAGAUCAAGGCAUUUUCACUUUGGUGAUCAUUUUAUUAAUUCUCAUAACCUUUUCUUUUGAUAAUGUAUGGAUAUUCUUGGGAGAAAAUUGAUGUUGGUCACCAUUGGGACUUAUAUUCUCCUAUUAAUGUUAUGCAUCACUUGUUUACCAUUUUGAUGUACUCUAAUUUAUAAGUGGUAUAGCAAGCCCUUUAACACUAUGAUAUUCUUAACAAAUUAAUGUCAAUACGUGUAGCUCAUAAUUUCUUGUUUUCUUUUAUCAGUGAAAAACUGGAAGCAGCCUCACGUGCUCUGAUCAAUGAGAACAAACUCAAAGCAGGUACUUGUGUUAAUGUUGUCACGGAUUUUGGUUCAGCAAACAAUGCAUUGGUUACUUCACCGAAAAUUAUUUCUCUUUCAUAAGGAUUGAAUUUGGUACUAGCAACAAAGAAGAUGGUACUUAUUGUUAAACCCAGUGAUGCGCUGCCGAUACAGUAAUUUAAGUAACUAUUAGUUGCCAUAAAAACUGUGUGUUUGUGUUGCUCAGGCUUCAUUCUGGUCACCCAAGAAGAAGGGUAAAAUGAUUUGACCUUAGCUUGGCAAUGAUUCAUCCAUCACAAGUAUGGGAGAAUUUGAAUGGUCCAUGCCUGUACAAAUUAAAUGAUCUAACUGAUUUACUGUGAUGGAUCUCUGUAGGUUUGGCAUUUCCUACUGGAUGCUCUCUAAACCACUGUGCUGCUCACUACACACCUAAUGCUGGUGACAAGACAGUGCUUCAGUAUGACGAUGUCUGCAAGAUUGACUUUGGAACCCAUAUCAAUGGUAAGGCUGGGAUUCACAUGUGGGACAAAUUAGGGUUAACUUCCAUAGACUCCCUUAAAAGGGACAUAGGUCUCAUCUGAUGACAGUGAUGAGAGAAGAUGGAUGAUGAUGAUGAUGAUGAUGAUGGUAAUGACAACAACAACAAUGAUGACAAAACUACAUCAUUUAUGUCUCCCUUUACUAACAAUAUCCAUAACCAGAGUAUAAUACCAUCAACUGACGUGAUACAACUCACUUUGACUCUGAACAUGACUACUGCACAGGUUGUCGAAACGUCAGUCACUGUCAACAACAACAGUUUUUCAGGACUACGUUCACCCGGACAAUCAAACUCAACCUACUUUUGACUAUUAUUUUCAAUAAACAGUCAGCCUUGAUAACAGUAGGAAAUUCUAUGAUCUUGUAAUCUUCAGGAAUGGUUUACAGUGUAUUGUACCAUUCACUUUGUUCUAUUAUUUCAAUUGUUUCUAUAUCCUCAGAAUCAUAACUUAGACUGUGUUAUUUUAUUUCAGGCCGGAUAAUUGACUGUGCAUUCACAGUAUCAUUUAACCCAAGAUAUGACAACCUUCUUGCAGCAGUAAAAGAUGCAACAAACACUGGAAUCAAGGUAAAAUAUUUGAAAUGUCCAUUUUGUUACAUCCAAUUGAACAGUCAUCACCUGUGUUAUUUAUUAAGUGAGCCGGCUAAUUAAAACGUGGCAGCAAGGAGUAGGUCUUCGUGCCUCUCCUCAGCAUGUAAAAUGUUUCAUGGAGAAAAUGUAGCAAGUGCAAAAAGGAAAAUUAUUGCAUAUUUGUUACUCUAUCUGCAUAUGAUUAUGAUAGAUUUCAUUGUCUUCACUACAACACUGGCCUCCUUUUUGUGAACAAGUUUAUUUGUGUUUUUUUGUUUUUGUUUAUGACCCAAAGGAAGCAGGAAUUGAUGUGAGAUUGUGUGAUGUUGGGGAAGCUAUUCAAGAGGUUAUGGAAUCCUAUGAAGUUGAGCUUGAUGGAAAAACAUACACUGUGAAACCUAUCAGAAACCUGAAUGGACACUCCAUAGCACCCUACAGAAUUCAUGCUGGGAAGACUGUGCCGAUUGUCAAAGGAGGAGAAGGAACAAAAAUGGAGGUUUGAAAUCUUUACAUGUUUGUUCUGUGAUAGACAUAUCACUGACCCUGUAUGUACUUCUUUACCUCUGCUUCCUAAGUAAAGAAUGUAUCUUAACAUCACAGGAAAAUUUACCCUGUUUUCACUGAAAUGCCCAUGAUACUGACCAACUCUAUCACUAGGUUUGCUCAUUAAAGUUGACCUGGAUAAUUUGUUGUUUUGUUUUGUUUAGUUAUUCAAGGUGUGUAAAUAAGUUACUUGUGGUUUUGAAAGAGCUUCAAUUUCAGGAAACCUCUUUCGUGGCUUUCAAAACACCUGACACCCUUUAAAAAAUAUUCUGAAGUAUAUUGUUCAGAAAGAAGCUUGUCUUUUCAGGCAAGAAAAGAAUCUUGACUUAAGUCCUCUUUCAAAACAAAAACUGGACUCCAUGUUUUAACAUAGUAUCUCAAAAAGUUAAAGACUUUACUCAACACUAAGACUUUGUUUUUAUAUUUAUUUUGAUUUUAAAUAAGGAAAAUGAAUUUUUUGCCAUUGAGACAUUUGGCAGUACUGGUAAGGGUGUGGUUCAUGAUGAUAUGGAAUGUUCACACUACAUGAAGAACUUUGAGGUUGGACAUGUUCCUUUGAGGUACGUUAGAACUCUGCUGUAAUAUGGAGUGUUCACAUGAUAAUUUUUUUAACAAACUUUUUUGAAGAAUAAAUUACAAUGUUGAAGCUGUUUAUGGUUUAGGAAUGGUCGCAUGGCGGAUAACCUUUUUGCAUUCUUUCUUUUAGGUUGCCUAGAGCCAAACAGCUUCUCAAUGUCAUCAAUGAGAACUUUGGGACUCUUGCAUUUUGUAGACGAUGGUUGGAUCGCUUAGGACAGGUACUACAUUAUUUUAUGUUAAAAAGGGAACAUUAUUAGCAUCUUGAUGGCAGUGAUGAAAAAGUAAAAAAAAAAACAAAUCAAUUGCAUGGGCAACUGUGCCAAGCAUGGGAAAGCAGUGGACAGCAUUAGAAAAAAUUUGCUGCUGCUGUGUACUAUGGCGAAAAGAGCCAUUCUUCCACUUCCAAAUAGAAUGUGCAGACCAAUGCCAUUUAAGUAUAGGAAGAAUUUACCAUGGGUAAUGUGUGAGCUUGUUCAAUGCAAUAGAAAUUACAGAGUUUUAAAAUUUAUUUCUCACGUGGGUGGCUCCUAGCUCUUAAAAUGUUCUACAAUAGUUUUUAUUUAUUGGUAUAGGAUUUAAUGGAGCCAAAACCAAAUGGGGAUUUUACACAUUUUGGGCAUCCUACUGAUUCAUGAAGGUUACGACAUUAUAGAUAUCAUUUUAAAUUUAAUCCCAAAAUAAUAUUUUUAUUAUUAUAGCGAUUGAUCAAAGAAUUUUUCGCUAAAAAUUUCACUGCAUGUCAAAAAGGCUUCUCCAUGUACAUCACUAAAAUCAGGUUUUUUUGUUUCAAUAAUCACAGACAAAGUACCUUCUAGCCUUAAAGAACUUGUGUGAUGCUGGCAUUGUGGACCCAUAUCCACCACUGUGUGACAUCAAAGGAUGUUACACAGCUCAGUUUGAACACACAAUAUUACUGAGACCCACUUGCAAAGAAGUGAUCAGCAGAGGAGAAGAUUACUGAAGAGACUCACUGUGCUGGAAGCUAGCUUAUUGUAAUCACCAUCAAAAGUACAAUGUUCUGUUUUUGUCUUCUGGAAUACCAUGAUUAAUAUCACAAAUUGCAUUUUUACAAGUGAUAGCAGGAGAUACAGUGCCAAAAGAAAGUGCAGCUUAUUCAUAUAUCACCCCUUUGUUGUUUCAUCCAAAAAACUAAAGUAAAAAAGUAAUGUGAGGAUUUGCUUAAAAGUGCACAACAAACUGUCCUUUAGAUUUCUUACCAGUGACUGUUAAUUAUUUUAUCCAGAAAAAAAACAUAGAAUCACUGAAUAUGCCUAAGGGUAAGCAAGCAGUGAAGUAUUAAUAAUAUAAAAUUAAUGAUGCAGUUCAAGGACAUUAGGAGGUUGUUAUUAGCCGAGGUGGAUGACAGCCUCAAAGAUCUGCUUGAUUCCUCAAAUGAUACAAAAGCUGAAUUUAAUACUUGUGUUUUAGUAUACAUUCAAAAUAUUUCUAAGAUCGUAAGAUCCUUAUCCUUACUCUUGCGCUUGGUACAGUGGGCUCAGUUAUGACCAUCCCUUUACUAAUUAACAAAUGGAUGCUCACACUUGAAAAAACCAUUUUGACUCAAGAAAAAACAAGAUUGACCAGUCCAGAAGUUUGCGCUGGGCAACCUCAAAGGCUCUACUCAUAGGGUGGUCUCACUGCUGCUUGGAAACAAAGUUGUUUUAGCCAAGGGAUUAAUGCUAAUCAGGAACUGCAAAAUUUUUGAAUGAAUAAUAAUGUGCAAAUUGUAACAUACAGCUUAUAACAGCUAGGCUUGUUACCAGCGGAUUGUAUUUAUUCAAACUACAGAUAUACAUGUUGUCUAGUAUGAUAAUAUUGAUAAGUUAGGUGAUUUACAGUGUGUACUCAAAAGGCCAUUUUCACGAUGACAGCAAUAUUAUUGACUACAACUACCAGAAUUCAUUUCGGUUUUGCUUUGCUGUUUAAAAUUGGUGAUCCUGCUGAGGUGUAAAGAACAAUAGCCUUAGUUUGCACAAGAAAACAACAAACCAAAGCAUUCUGGUAGUUGUACAGUGUUGUAAAAUGAUGUUUAUCAUGCAAUUGUCCUAUUGGUAAAAAUCUUUGGUAUUCAGUUUAAUAGUUUCACAUGAUUUGAAUUUAAUAUGAACUGAUAAUGUAUCUGUCUAGUGCAAGCAGAAAACUGUAGAAAUAGAGAAUUUUGUAACUAUUCCAAGUUGACUU